CGGACCGGGUGGUGGUGGUUGGGGAAGGCCUAUGCACGGUAAUAUAUGCGGCCCUAUUGUGGGGAAUCAAUGCACCGUGCAUUAAUGAGGGGGGCAAGGGGAGCUAUGACGAGAUGUCCCAAGAAACACGCUCACGACCACUCAGCAUCAAGCGGAUUCUAAUCGGAACCUUACAAGGCGCUUCUUGGGACCUGAUAUCUUCGCUGUUAUUUUACUUCCUUGGGAGCAGGAUAUAGAUACAUCUACAUUUAUAGAUACAUCUACAUUUUGUACAAAUGCUUGUCGUGGGAAUUGUCACCUUGUGGUGUAGGUCUAUGUUGUCAUAUGAACGUACGUUUGUGUACACUGUGUGAUUGUGACUUCUCUGCAAGUGUGAAGAUGACCUCUCAAGCGGAAGAACACAGAGUGAGGUAGGAUGUGACAUAGCAACCCCUUCAUAUAAACGGUCAUGUCACAAAGAAGAAAAAGAAGAAAUCGGAAACAUAAUAAGAGGAGUGUACACUGGUUUAUGUUUGCUUACCUUCUCCUCUUGGCGUCACCGUGCACGUGCUUCCUCCCCAACUUCUGGUCACGGGUGUUGACGCUGUCCUGGGACUCGUACACGCACCAGUACAUCACUGAGCAAGCCAUCCUCAAUGUCACCCUUGACACUCUGCAACAACACCAGGGGUACCAUGCUGAGGAAAAGACCAGACUAGGGCGAGGCUUCUGGAGGGCCGUGGGCGAGGUGGUUCACUCCAAUGCAGAAAUGGACUUCCUGAGCACCACUAGGUCCGACCCCGUAUACCACUUUGAUUCCGAGCGUGUUGACAGCGCUGCGGCAAUGCUGCGGAGGUUCUGGGCUCACACUCUGCUGUCAGUGCGGGCCAAUGAGCAUCAAAGUGCUCUUCAAAGCUUGGGCCGGCUAUUUCACUCCCUGCAGGACUUCUACAGUCACAGUAACUGGGUGGAGAUGGGUCAGCGCUCCAUUUACCACCACCUUUUACAGCCAGACGAGCCGGCCGUCCCUGUAGCUGAAGGUGACACCCCUACUUGUAUGGAGUGCUUUAGCGCCACCUGUCGAAACAACCUCCUCCCAAGACUGCAAGCACACAGGCGGACUUCCCAACUGCUCACAACCGGCUACUUCAGCACUUUCCCUCCAAAACCUGAAGGCAAAUGCAGUCAUGGAGGUAUGCUGGACAGCAGCCGCUCUAUGGCGGCCAAAGGGGGCAUCAACAAAGACAGUACAUCACCUCUCUUCUCCCCUCAUCAUUUCCUCCAUGUGGAAGCGGCCACGCUGGCCUCUGAAGCAACGCUGAGUGUACUGAGAGACCUCAGGGACACAGUGGGGCACAAGACCUUCUUCAGACUUUUCAGCGUGAAGCAGGCACCUGCUUUGGUGUUCGUCAUGGACACCACAGGUAGCAUGUUUGAGGAAAUCACGGCAGCCCGACUGCGGGCUCACUCCAUCAUCCGGAACCGAGCUGACCUCCCUGACCAACCCGGAAGCUUCUUGCUGGUACCCUUCCAUGACCCUGGAGUCGGUCCAGUGUAUGAGACCGAUGACCCGCACCGGUUUAUGGAGCACAUGGAGAACCUGAUGGCACUGGGAGGAGGAGAUGAACCAGAGAUGUGCUUGACAGCCAUUCAGCUGGCCCUCACUCACAGCCCACCACUGUCUGAGAUCUUUGUGUUCACCGAUGCCUCCCCCAAGGACGCCCACAUGUUUGAUGUGGUGAAGGCCCUCGCACUUGCUAAACAGAGCAAAGUGACAUUUCUCCUGACGGAGGACCCCAACUACACCACAGAAAGCACAGCAAGGAGGAGGGAGAGGAGGAGAACAAGGAGAGGGAAGAGGAGCAGAGAACCUUUGCCCCCUGAUCGCUUCUCCCUCUACUCUUCGCUGUCGUCCUUUUCUGGAGGACUGACGAUAUUCACCAGCAACUCUGACAUUCACAGUGUCUCCUCUAUAGUGGAGGACAACACAGCAGCAGACAAGGUGACUCUCCUCCAUGUCGAGACAGACCAGGAACAGAUGUCCUCGCACUCCUUCAGGGUGGAUACCUCUGUCAAAGACGUCACCGUACACAUCACUGGUCUUCUGAGCCAGUGCAUCCUUAUUGAUCCUUCAGGCCAAACUCAGUCUCUUCUGAGUGAGCAAGGCUCUCUGGCCUCACUAGAGCCCUUCAAUGGUCUGUACCGUCUUCGCCUUCUGCCUCCUAUUCAGCCGGGCCAGUGGAACUUGCAAGCCACGGCUGAUGGACAUGUUGCAUUCAACAUAAUAGCUGAUAGCAGUGUGGAUUUCCUGUACUAUUUUGCUACUGUAACCAAUGAGACUCACCCUGGAUUGGCCAGAAUAGAGGGCAGCCCUGUGGCAGGUGUCCCUGCCUUCCUGGUGUUGGCUGUGACUGGCCUGUCUCCUCAUGACGAAAAGGUCUCUUUCAGUCACGUGAUGCUGCUGGGAGCAGAAGGGGAGAGCCUCAAAAAGGUGUUGCUCAACUCCUCCUCUUCCUUCUCUGCAUCGUCAAGCUACACCACGGAGGAUCUAAUUGGCUGGGUGGACUCCAUUCCCAGAGCCCCCUUCUGCGUCCGCCUCACGGGCAGAGAUGGUGGAGGGAACAAGCUGGAGAGGGUCGCCACAGAAAUGGUGCAGCCUACUCAUGUUCAGAUCCAGGUUCUGUCCGCCCCUCCUCUGGUACCUGGCCACAGCACCACGGUGGACUUCAACAUCCUGAACCAUGGCCCGGACAGAGUCUUCAGUCUGACAGCUGAGGAUGAUUCUGGAUAUCUCCAUGCGAGAGGAACUCAAAGGUUCCACGUUGCCGCCCACAAACUUUUCCACAGUCAGGUGGGCCUUCACACGCCUACCUCAGCUCAGGCUGGAGCGACAGUCACCCUGACGUUGUCAGUGCACGCUCUGGACCCUGCAGACAUAAACUACGCGGUGGCCUACCUGACAGUGGUCCCACCUGACCCCGACAUAUCUCCUCCGUCCUGCUCAGCCACCCGAGUGCAGUCCUUCUGUCCUCCUGCUUGCAAUGAGUCUACUUGGACCGUAUCACUGGUUGUAUCGGACAGGGGGCGCUCCGGCCUGGCUGCUCUCCAACUACAGAAGGGACAAGGCACUUUGACUUUACUCCCACCGCCCGCAGGGGACAAACUGGGCGAGGCUCAUCUUGAUCAGCAUGUCCAGCACAAGGCCACAUUAGUGGAGGGAGACCCCCCCUUGAACGUAUCCCAGUGGGCGCUGGGCUCGUCUGAGCCCCUGUGGGGGAGCUACACGUCCAGCUGCUGCUCGGCCCGGGCUGAGCUGCUGGUGUGGGACACUGCUGGAAACAUGAAGCGCUGCCAUCUUGCAUCUGGUCAGCAGAGGCAGCUGAGCGACACGAGAACAGAAUAUAGUGGAGGUGGGCCUGUGAUGCCCACUGACUUCUCUUUCUUAAUGUUGCUUCUGCUGUGCUCUGAGCUGCUUUCUUAAUGUUACGCAGGUCAAAAAUUGUUCCUCAUUAGCAUAUUGCUGGAGGAAUUAUGAAAAAAAGAAGGCUGAAAUUAAAAAUGUGCUAA